AUGGGUGUUCCAAGCAAUAUCAGGAACGAGUGGCUCAUCUUGGAGACUUACCAACAAAUACUGGCAGACGAAAAGCAGGCCGAGGAGGACCGGCGGGCGCAAACAGGUGCAAUGCGUAGGCUAUCCAGAUUGGUAUUAAACUCGCAGUCUGAGGAGUGUCACCGCCCCCCCGGCGAGAGAUCGUGCCCGUAUGCAAUACUACACGUUUGUUCACUCCUUCUCAACUCAGUGACAUUCACAUGUGGCCGCCUGUCUCUUUCUCCUGAAGCCCGUCAGCGUUGCAAGCAAGGCCUGGAUGAGCAAAUCCAGCAAAAGCUGGCCCGAUCAGAAAAAGAAAGGCGCGAGGCCGACGCUCGAAGAGAGCAACAGCGAAGGGCACUAGUAGAGCACCAGGCUCUCCAGGAGGAGCUGAAGGAGUCUUCGAGGAGAAAGGCACUGGAAGAGAAGUACGUGCGGGCGACCCAGAUCUUAGGGAACGAGAGGAGACGUGAGUGGGAGCGCCAGAAUAGAAAAGUCGAAGAAGCGAAAAUCCUCGAAGAUUGCAAGAGAAAGCUGGCUGAGGAAAAAGAACGGCAGCUCCAGAAGCGGAAACAGAUAGCCGAGUCGCUGAGAGAGAUGAACCGCGAGAACGUCGCCAAGCUGGCCAUGCGAGAGAAGCAGAAAAUUGCUGACGCUGAGGAGGACAAGCGUCUCAUGCUGGAGUACCGGGAGAGACUCGACAGGGAGCAGGCUCAACGGACCGCGGCACACAAUAAGCGGCUGCAGCGCUACGAGAUGAUUGGGAACCAGUGGGCGGAAUCCGGCGCUGGCAAGAGGCAACGCGACAAAGACAUUGCCGAGGAGAGGAGGAUACUAGCCGAGGCCGCCAUAAAAGAAAAGAUCGACGAGGAUAGAGAGAUGAGGGACAAGCAAGCGCUUCGGGUGGACCGCCUCCGAUGCUUGGAGGACAACAAACGGCUUGUGGGCGACAAAGCUGCACGAAAACAGGUACACCGGUUCACACCUUCGGCGGAAGAGAAGCUGGAGGCCGAGUACGCCCAGCAGUUCCGCAUUGAGGGGGAGAUGCACAUGGCCAAAGGAUUAGAAAGGAAGAGGGAGAUGGUGCGCGAGAAAAAAGCGUACGCCCGAAUGCUAGAAGAACAGGUGCGUUUUGACCCGUCGUGUUCUCCCUCGUAUCCGUUAUCACGUUCGAAAAGAUUGUGGACAGAAGAACUCCUUAUGAGACUGAGAGCCUCCGUGAUACAAAGCCUCUGCGAUAGCCAAAUGAGGGAGACCAGGGCCGCUCUUCGGAGUGUUCAGAUGACGGACACGGAGCGCAAGAUGAAUGGAGAGCUACUGCGGAAGCUGCAAGGCGACAGAGACCUGCAGGAAAGAAUAAGGUAA